AUGAUGACCAAAAGCUUUGGUAAAAGUGAUGUCAAUGAGCUGGUCAGUUCCCUCAGCUGGUUGGAGGAGGACGGCAGCUCUCAGGAUGGAGAUGAGAGCCCAGAGAUGAGAGGACGCAAUGGCCUUACCUUAGCCAGUCGGAUGCACUCUUGCACUGAGCUGGGCAGUGAGGACAUGGAGGAGGAAGAGGAGGAGGAAGAUGAUGAUGACAUUGGGCCAAAUGGAGAAAAUGCUCCCAAACGCAGGGGCCCUAAGAAGAAGAAGAUGACCAAAGCAAGACAGGAGAGGUUUCGUGCCCGAAGGAUCAAGGCCAAUGCGCGAGAGCGCUCCCGAAUGCAUGGGCUAAAUGAUGCUCUGGAUAAUCUGCGCCGAGUCAUGCCCUGCUACUCUAAGACUCAAAAACUGUCAAAGAUUGAGACACUGCGGCUGGCCCGCAACUACAUCUGGGCCCUGUCCGAGGUGCUGGAGAGUGGCCAGUCUCCAGAGAGCCACGGCUUUGUGGAGAUGCUGUGCAAAGGCUUGUCCCAGCCUACCAGUAACCUGGUGGCAGGAUGCCUUCAGCUGGGCUCUAGUCCUAUGAUGUUAAACAAACUAGAGGAGAAGUGCGGCCCAGGUCUGGCUGCUGUAACAGGCCAGGCUCAUACUCUCAGUUUCCCAUCGCCGGGCCUCCCAAGCCCCCCAUAUGGAUCCUUGGAGGCCUCACACCUCCUCCAGAUCAAAGGUUUCAAGGGGCCAGCCUAUGACAACCCUUCUUCGACAGAGUGUAGCAGUGGGACGCCUCCGUAUGAUGGGCCCCUCACUCCCCCUCUGAGCAUUAGCGGUAACUUCCCCCUGAAGCAGGAGCCCUCUCCCCAUGACUCAGACAGGAACUUCAGCUCGCACGUGGGACACCAUGCCCAGUACCUCUCAUCACACCACUACGCCUCGGCUGGCAGCCUGACUGGGCACCAGGGACACCCACUGUUUCAGCCACCCCGCUUUGAGCUGCCUCUGGACGUGGCCUUUGACUCUUUUGCUCCCUCUCACUUGGUCCCCUCUCAGAUGGGAUCUAUCUAAAACAGUGUGGCAACUGCUAAAGACAUGACUCAUGAACAAGAACUUUUUGCGUUUCUCUUUGAAGAGCACAAACACAAAAAGCUCACCUCAGCCUAACCUACCUGAUAAAACAUGCACCCACAAAUUUUU